CUGCAAACAACUUUGUUGACUACUCUGCUCAUCGCAUAACUUCUUUGUUCCUCUUGACAUCCUGAGAGACCAUAGCUGCGUCCGACAGUGACAAGCGAGCUCAAGAGAGGCCCCCUCCCCCGCCCUUGAAACGCUGACAACUUCUCAACACAACCCGUGGAAGACACCACACUUCUGACCCCCAAAACAUCGUCAACCUCAGCCACGCUCACUAUUGUCGCGACCCGAUCGACCCGGUACGCUGUCAUCACCAACCAUGUCUUCUGGCAGCCUUGCUCAGCCAGGCGGCAUUUCUGAUCCUGCUCUUAUCACGCUCGUGAACAAGUUGCAGGAUGUCUUUACAACUGUGGGUGUCAACAACCCGAUCGAUCUUCCUCAAAUCGUCGUCGUCGGCAGUCAGUCCAGCGGAAAGAGUUCGGUGCUGGAAAAUAUCGUGGGCAGAGAUUUCCUACCUCGAGGCUCAGGCAUCGUGACCAGACGGCCUCUCGUCCUGCAGCUGAUCAACCGCGUUGCCACCGGAGAGACCAAUGGUACGAGCGAAGACAUCGCGAACAGCACCGACAAGGCUGCGAAUGCCGACGAGUGGGGCGAGUUUCUUCACAUCCCAGGACAAAAGUUCUACGACUUCAACAAGAUACGGGAUGAGAUCAGCAGAGAGACCGAAGCCAAGGUCGGCCGAAACGCCGGAAUCUCUCCCGCUCCUAUCAACCUGCGCAUAUACUCCCCGAACGUCCUCACGCUGACCCUCGUUGAUCUGCCUGGCCUGACACGUGUGCCCGUCGGAGACCAGCCGCGCGAUAUCGAGAGACAGAUUAAGGACAUGAUCCUGAAGUACAUUACAAAGUCCAACGCGAUUAUCCUGGCUGUAACUGCAGCGAAUAUCGAUCUGGCAAACUCGGAUGGUCUCAAGCUGGCGCGUGAGGUCGACCCAGAAGGCCAGAGGACAAUCGGUGUACUGACAAAGGUGGACUUGAUGGACGAGGGCACCGAUGUGGUGGACAUCUUGGCAGGCCGCAUCAUUCCCCUGCGGAUGGGAUACGUGCCUGUUGUGAACCGAGGGCAGAGGGAUAUCGACAACAAGAAACCCAUCAAUGCCUCUCUGGAGGCAGAACGUGCAUUCUUCGACAACCACAAGGCCUACCGCAACAAGAGCUCGUACUGCGGCACACCAUACCUGGCACGCAAGCUCAACCUGAUUCUGAUGAUGCACAUCAAGCAGACCCUGCCCGAUAUCAAGGCCAGGAUCGCAAGUUCUCUGCAAAAGUACUCGCAAGAGCUAGAGGGCCUGGGGCCCUCCCUAUUGGGCAACAGCGCCAACAUUGUUAUGAACAUCAUCAUGGAGUUUACGAGCGAGUGGCGGACAGUCCUGGACGGCAACAACAACGAGCUCUCCAGCACCGAGCUCUCGGGAGGAGCGCGUAUCAGCUUCGUCUUUCACGAACUCUACUCCAACGGUGUCAAGGCCAUCGACCCCUUCGACCAGGUCAAGGACGAGCAGAUUCGUACAUACCUCUACAACGCCUCGGGCCCGUCCCCGGCACUCUUUGUUGGCACCACCGCCUUUGAGGUGAUCGUCAAGCAGCAGAUCAAGCGGCUGGAAGAGCCGAGCCUGAAGUGUGUGUCUCUGGUCUACGACGAGCUCGUCCGCAUCCUCACGCAGCUGCUCACCAAACAGCUCUACCGGCGCUACCCGACGCUCAAGGAGAAGAUGCACGGGACUGUGAUCGGUUUUUUCAAGAAGGCCAUGGAGCCGACCAACAAGCUGGUCAAGGACCUGGUGGCCAUGGAGGUCUGCUACAUCAACACCGGACAUCCCGAUUUCCUGAACGGUCACCGCGCCAUGGCCAUCGUGAAUGAGCGCCACAACCCCAAGCCUGUAGCCGUUGAUCCCAAGACAGGCAAGCCUCUGUCGUCGACGCCAGUCCGCGCCGCCAGCCCGAGCCUGACGGACGGCGGCAUGAACAACGAAGGCAGCGGUUUCUUUGGCAGCUUCUUCGCAGCCAAGAACAAGAAGAAGGCAGCGGCCAUGGAGCCUCCACCACCAUCGCUGAAGGCCUCGGGGACGCUGUCCGACCGGGAGGCCAUGGAGGUCGAGGUCAUAAAACUGCUGAUCUCCUCGUACUUUAACAUUGUCAAGAGGACCAUGAUCGAUAUGGUUCCCAAGGCUAUCAUGUUGACUCUUGUGCAAUUCACAAAGGACACGAUGCAGCCUGAGCUUAUGGCGAACAUGUACCGCCAAACCGAGAUGGACGAACUUCUUAAGGAGAGCGAUUACACGAUUCGCCGAAGGAAAGAGUGCCAGCAGAUGGUGGAGUCGUUGUCGCGGGCCUCUGAGAUUGUCAGCCAGGUCCAGUAA